AUCAGGGCGGGGUGGGGCGGGUCGGGGCACCCGAACCGGUUUCACGGAAGGACCGGCGGCGGCCGUGGAGGAGGAUGGAGGCGGUGGUGUUCGUCUUCUCUCUCCUCGACUGCUGCGCGCUCAUCUUCCUCUCCGUGUACUUCAUAAUUACUUUGUCUGAUUUAGAAUGUGAUUACAUUAAUGCUAGAUCAUGUUGCUCGAAAUUAAACAAGUGGAUCAUUCCAGAAUUGAUUGGCCAUACCAUUGUCACGCUAUUAAUGCUCGUUUCAUUGCACUGGUUCAUCUUCCUUCUCAACUUGCCUGUUGCCACUUGGAAUAUAUAUCGGUUCAUUAUGGUGCCAAGUGGUAACAUGGGAGUGUUUGACCCAACAGAAAUCCACAAUCGAGGGCAGCUGAAGUCACACAUGAAAGAAGCCAUGAUCAAGCUUGGUUUCCACCUGCUCUGUUUCUUCAUGUAUCUUUACAGUAUGAUCUUAGCGUUGAUAAAUGACUGAAGCUGGAGCAGCCGUGGUGGGAGUCAGCUACACUACAGUGCACAGUCGAGGAGCCAGAGAUGCUUCCAUCAUCCUUAGGACCGUAACCAUAGCAGUAUAUUUUUUCCUCUUUGAACAAAAAAAUAUUUUUGCUGUAUUUUUACCAUAUAAAGUAUUUAAAAAACA